AUGGAGCUGGAAUUGACCCAUGUCGACUACACCACCGUAGGCCUAACGGCGUCACAUUGUCUGCAGUUACUACCAUCAUCGUCGGCAGCUGGAGGAGACUCGUCCAGCCGGAAUGCAUCGUCUAGCAAGCAGCAACAGAAGGUUGUCGUCGGUGAUCAGGACGGAGUGCUGCAGGUGUUCUCAAUGAAGAAGGAUGAGCUGCAGAUUCAUUUCAAGACGCUGCCCCACGACAAGAUCGCCUCGGUUAAGCUGGGCGGCCAGAUGGGAUCGGUGCCGGAUAAGAUCUUCACGGCCGCAGAGAACAAGGUUCGCGGCUUCAACAAGAAAGGUAAGAUGUUUCUAGCGUUCGAGACCAACCUGACGGAGAACAUCCGGUCGAUGUUUGUGAGCGGAAGUGAUUUGCUGGUUUGCGGCAAUCACGUGUACAACCAUUACAAGGACUGCAAGGAGGUUGGGUCGUACCUGUGCGGUGAUGCGAUCGUGGACGUCGCUGCACUGUGUCCGAAUAAUACAAGCCGGCUGAUCACCGUUCUGGCUUGCUCGGGACGGGUGCUGAGAAUCCUGGAGCAUUCGCGUGUUCGUCAAACGUUGGAGCUGGACAGUGUCCCGACGGUGCUGCACGUUCCCAAGGGCCUCGGCGAUAGAAUCCUGUGUGGCUUCGCUGAUGGCAAGGUAAUCCUGUUCCAUAUCAAUCUGAUGGUAAGCGAAGUCAAGCGCGAGACUUUGGUCGAGGACCCGGAGAAUCUCAGUGCAGUUACCUGUAUCGCGACGUACGACCUGUCCGGAGAUGGUAAGGACGAAUUAAUCGUUGGACGCCGAGAUGGUACGCUGCAAGUGUUCACUAUGAACUCAGACGAGUAUCAGUUCGAAAUGGAGUGUACCCAAAUCUACCGGGAGAACUUCAACGAGAGCGUCUCCAGCGUACAAGUAGGUUGCAUUGGAGCGAACAGCUACGCGGAGAUUGUGGUUUGCACUUAUUCAGGUAGGGUAUUCGGUUUGACUACGCAAUGCAUUAGCAAAAGUUUGAGCGAUGCGAACAAACGAGGAUCCGUAAGCAUGGCUCCGGAUGCGUCCUCCAAGCUGCAUAAACUGCGUGCAGAGAUCUAUGAGCUGGAACAGGCGAUCGCCAGGGAGCGCGAACGGUAUCAGUUAUCUACGCAAGCUCUCUCUACCGGGCUGUCCGCCAUCCCAAUGCUGCCAGUUAACGAUUCCAUGAUACUGUGCCAAGAGGACGCCACGUAUUCGUUGACCAUAGAAAUUCCCACCCCUAUCGAACAUGUGCUGCUACAGUGUGAUGCUCCGAUCAACCUAAUCGAUGUGGAGAAGAAUUCCGCCGUAGUCAGCUUCAGCGAGUGUGAUAAGAUGAGCGGGAACAGUCUACUGGCUAGCUAUCGCUGCCAGUCCAACACCAACCGAGUUGAUUUGAAAUUCCGCACUGUCGAGGGACAAAAUGGCACUCUUCAAGUGUACAUAACACCGAAUCUGCAGCCCAAGUGCUGUCAAGUCAAGCGCUACUCGAUCCAGCCCCUAUCGCUGCAUAUGAUCGUUCAGAACCUCCCAGACGAGAUGGCAUCUAGACCUAUGAAUGUGCUCACUCUAAAGGGCGCCUUCAGUCAGGCUGAAAUGCACAACUGGUUGAUGAACAGUAUCCCGGAAAUACCGGAAAAGAUUUAUGGAAACGAAAGGAACCGGCUCGUUUUCCGUCACGUCUUCAUUGGAACGGUACUGAUUUGCGAAUACGGGAAGGCGGAAGCGAACUUCAGAAGCGACAACAUUUCUACCAUUUCGAUUCUGAAGGACUUUAUUACGAAGGAAGCCACCAAGAAACGGAUCAAGCUGGAGAUUUCAACCAAUAUCAACGAGCAAACCAUUCCCGGAUUAAUCAAGUUGAUCGAACCGAAGAUCGUUCACUACAACAAGCUGACGAAGGACUACCAGAUACUUCAGGCACUGAUCGAUUUGGACAUUCGAAACGAUGAAGAGUUCGAAACCCUGUCUGAAGAAUAUCGGGAUUUGUUGAAAAAUCAGCGACAGAUCGAAACCGAAUUUAAGAAGCAGCCCACGAUACUGAACCGCAUCUACGGGAUUCUGACCGAUCUGUACAUCGAUAAGUUCAAGUUCAAAGGGGUCAAUGUGAAAACGAAACUGCCGCAGUUGAUAGAGCUGCUGGAGAAUUAUAACUAUGAUGAGUUGGUCAAUUUCUACAGUGUAGUGAAAGCAAUUGAUGAUGAAUAA